AUGAAUGCUCGGCAGCGAGUCGACAUUUAUUCGUCCGGCCCCAUCCAUUACGCCAGUCAAAACAGCCACGAUGAGACACUCUUCAGUCUCCUACAAAACAACCAGACGAUAGCUUAUGCCGGUCUUGCCGUAUUCUCUAUUUACAUCCUCCUUGAUCACUUUGGGUUUGUCCCGAUUUCCCUGAUCCAACUCAGCUGGGACCUUCUAGUGUUCGCAACGCCUAGUUGGAUUCUUGUCGCGUUAGAUACACGCAUUUCGCCCUCCGGGUCCUACCCUUCGAAUCCUACCGACAUGAGUUUUGCGGCCAAAAAUGAGGCGAUGCGACGCAUACUUGGCUUAGAUAACAGCGUCUUCCCGUUCUUCCGACGGUCGCGCUCUUUGUCUAGUCUGGGAGGCGCGCUACUAGGAAACAACAAAGACACUACUCCACCAGGCCUGGGAAACUGGGACAACUCUUGCUAUCAAAAUAGCAUCAUCCAGGGACUUGCGUCAUUGAAAUCAUUCGACCGAUUCUUGGGGCGAAAUCUCGAGCGUCUGGCAGACAAGGGCCCGUUCUCAACACACCAGGCACUCAAAGGAAUAAUCGACCAUCUGAACAGCGGAUCAAAUUCCGGGCACAAACUUUGGAUACCCGCGGAGCUCAAGUCGAUGAGCAGUUGGCAACAGCAAGAUGCGCAGGAAUAUUUCUCGAAGCUUGUGGACCAAAUCGAUGUCGAAGUACAGCAAGCCUCGCGAGGCCAAACCAGGAAUAUGGGUUUGAAGAUGGUUGGCCGGGACGAGGACAUCUUGAAAGACAUCAAUGACGAUGGUGAGGAUGACGGUUCUCCCAACGUGGUAAUCAAGUCGUCCCUGCGUAAUCCUCUGGAAGGCCUACUGGCGCAAAGGGUGGGCUGCAUGACAUGUGGUUGGACGGAAGGCCUCUCGCUCAUACCUUUCAAUUGCCUCACGGUACGACUUGGUGGACAAUUUGAAUAUCACGUCCAAGAAUGCCUGGAUCAAUACAUGACUUUGGAGCCUAUUGAAGGUGUGGAAUGUGCCAAGUGUACGUUGUUACGAGCUAAGGACCAGCUGCAUAAUUUGCUUGGUGACGUUUCGCAUGUCGGUUCUGCGCAUGAUGGGCCAAAGACCCCCGGCCUAUCUGACGCUGUCCGAAAAUCUGCGCUUACACGCCUAGAGGCUGUCAACACAGCCAUCGAAGAAGAUGAUUUCGCAGAGAAAACCCUGACUGAAAAGUGUCACAUUUCACCGAAGAAUCGGGUGCCUUCGACUAAAUCCAGGCAAGCAGUCAUUGCCCGAGCUCCUCAGAGUCUUGUGGUACAUGUCAACCGCAGUCUAUUUGACGAGAUGACUGGAAUGCUCAAGAAGAACCAUGCUGCUGUCAAAUUUCCCAAAACCCUCGAUCUAAAUGAUUGGUGCCUCGGAGCCAAUGCUGCCGACAGAUCCGGCAAUUCCUUUGAACAGUGGGUUAUGGAUCCUUCGGAAUCUAUGCUUCCUCAGCCUGCACACGCCAUCCGUCUACCAAGCAGGCAUUAUGAACUUCGGGCCAUCAUCACACACUAUGGUCGACACGAAAACGGGCAUUACAUUUGCUACCGCAAAUACCAAACCGACGAGUUCCCAGCUUCUGUCCCAGAAGAGGUCCUUCAGGCUGAAGGGGAUAAAGAGAAAACAGAACGCUGGUUUCGGCUCAGCGAUGACGAUGUGCAAAUGGUCAGCGAAGGACACGCCAUGUCCCAGGGCGGCGUGUUUAUGCUCUUCUAUGAAGCUGUUGACAGCCCUGCCCCGCAAAUUCAAGACCUUCCCGAUCCAGAGCCUGUCGCUGUGGAUGAACCCGCGGGGUCUGUUUCUAACUACACUUUCUCAGAAAACAUGUCCACGGCAUCCGCAGUCACAGACGCCGAAUCCGACACAUCGCACGCGACCAGUGUAUCCGCCCCAGAUCAGGGUUCCCCCAUACCCGAGGAGAUCAAACCAAUCGUGCCUCCUAUAUCUUUCGGCCCAAUUGAGGCUCAACCGCAGCACUCCCCUGACGAGUUUGGCUCUCCGUCGAUGGUCGCAGCACAGUAA